CGGGGAGAGAGGGAAGAGAAAUGACAUUUCCUCUUUAAAUAGCUGGAUCCCUGGCCGCGUUGAGAAAUGGCCGCGUCGGCAGAUUUAAGUAAAUCUUCCCCAACACCGAAUGGGAUUUCAUCUUCAGACACAGCCUACGAAGCCAUGGACGCCUUCCAUGCUUGCAGUAUUCUUAAGCAACUCAAAACAAUGUACGAUGAAGGACAGUUGACAGACAUUGUAGUGGAAGUGGAUCAUGGGAAAACAUUUUCCUGUCAUAGAAACGUUCUUGCUGCAAUCAGCCCCUACUUCAGAUCCAUGUUCACUAGCGGCCUUACAGAAAGCACUCAGAAAGAAGUUCGAAUAGUCGGUGUUGAAGCCGAAUCGAUGGAUUUAGUAUUGAACUAUGCCUAUACCUCCAGAGUUAUUUUAACAGAAGCCAAUGUUCAAGCCUUGUUCACUGCAGCUAGCAUCUUCCAGAUUCCUUCAAUUCAAGACCAAUGUGCUAAGUAUAUGAUCAGUCAUUUGGACCCACAAAACUCUAUUGGGGUUUUCAUCUUUGCUGAUCAUUAUGGUCAUCAGGAACUCGGAGAUCGAUCAAAAGAAUACAUUCGUAAAAAGUUUCUGUGUGUAACCAAAGAACAAGAGUUUCUCCAGUUGACGAAAGACCAACUUAUAAGUAUACUGGACAGUGAUGAUUUAAAUGUAGACCGAGAAGAGUACGUUUAUGAAAGCAUUAUAAGGUGGUUUGAGCAUGAACAGAAUGAAAGAGAAGUGCACCUUCCAGAAAUUUUUGCCAAAUGCAUACGUUUUCCUCUGAUGGAAGAUACUUUUAUAGAGAAAAUUCCACCUCAGUUUGCACAGGCUAUAGCCAAAAGCUGUGUAGAAAGGGGACCAUCUAAUACCAAUGGCUGUACACAGAGGUUAGGAAUGACUGCUUCUGAAAUGAUCAUUUGUUUUGAUGCUGCCCAUAAACACUCAGGAAAGAAGCAAACAGUGCCUUGUCUAGAUAUAGUCACAGGAAGAGUGUUUAAACUAUGCAAACCACCAAAUGACCUGAGAGAAGUUGGGAUUCUUAUAUCACCAGAUAAUGACAUUUAUAUUGCAGGUGGGUACAGACCAAGCAGCAGUGAGGUCUCCAUAGACCAUAAGGCAGAAAAUGAUUUCUGGAUGUACGAUCAUUCCACCAAUAGAUGGCUAUCCAAACCAUCCUUGCUUCGAGCCAGAAUAGGCUGCAAACUGGUGUACUGCUGUGGUAAAAUGUAUGCAAUUGGAGGUCGUGUUUAUGAAGGUGAUGGGAGAAACUCACUAAAAUCUGUGGAAUGCUACGACAGUAGAGAGAAUUGUUGGAUGACUGUUUGUGCAAUGCCUGUAGCAAUGGAGUUUCACAAUGCUGUGGAGUACAAAGAGAAGAUCUAUGUUUUACAGGGAGAAUUUUUCCUGUUCUAUGAGCCUCACAAAGACUACUGGGGUUUUUUAACUCCCAUGACUGUGCCUAGAAUCCAGGGCUUAGCGGCUGUAUACAAGGACUCUAUUUACUACAUAGCUGGAACCUGCGGAAAUCACCAACGUAUGUUUACUGUAGAGGCCUAUGAUAUUGAACUAAAUAAAUGGACUCGCAAGAAAGAUUUUCCAUGUGAUCAGUCCAUAAAUCCAUACCUAAAACUGGUACUUUUCCAGAAUAAACUCCAUUUGUUUGUUCGAGCGACUCAAGUGACUGUUGAAGAACAUGUCUUCAGAACCAGUAGAAAAAAUUCUCUUUACCAAUAUGAUGACAUUGCUGAUCAGUGGAUGAAAGUGUAUGAGACCCCAGAUCGACUGUGGGACCUUGGCCGGCAUUUUGAAUGUGCUGUGGCUAAACUCUAUCCCCAAUGUCUUCAGAAAGUUCUUUAAUGAGCAGGAAGCCUUAGAAAGCUCACUGGCAUCUCAUGCUUGAGAAAGCUUACCUUAUGAGUCAAAGAAGUGCUGUCAGUAUUUAAGAAAGCUGAGCAAGUUUUGUCAUGGUAAUGGGUGCUCUUAAAGAUUAUAGCCUAGGGAGGGAUUUGUUUUCAUCUUUGUGAUGUUUUCAUUUUAGUAAAGCAAGGUAAUAAAGUGCAAUUAUCAACAUUUUUUUUUCUGGUAAAAAAGUAAUCAUAGUAUUCUAGAAUUUUGUGAUAGUCACCGAGACACCAGAUGAACCAAGACAACUAUGCACUCCUGUAAGAGCAGAUAGGGUAUUACUUGGUAGAAACAUUCACACUAGUUUGAUGUGACUCCUUAUUUUAAAUACGGGUAAUAAUCUGAGACAGUAUCACUAGGAGUUUACUUUAGCUGUGACCUCUCUGACAUGGUGGAGCACUAACUUAGAUCCUCAUUUUUAAUAUUUUUAUAUAUCUUUUUAGGUACUGUCUUCAAGUGUACUGAGAUUUAAGUGUGUUCUGUUAGUAGAUUGAAGGAAAAACAAAUCAGUCUCAGAAUGAGCUUUUAGUUUGAUUGUUUCAUGUUUCCUAUGUAACUUUCAGUUAAAGCUAAUGUUGUGAAGUAGCAGUUUUCUGUCAAUAACUUCCUCAUUUUGAUAUCCUGAAAAGGGCUCAAAUUCACUGGUGGUUGGUGCUAGUAUAAGUUUGUUCAUGUGUGUAGUUAGAUUUUUAAGUUGUCUGAGCCUAUGCUUAUCUUGCAAGUUAUUAUGGUAGUUUCAUGACCACAGGUUCAAUACCUGUUGAAUUCCUGUGAUUUCGUAAGAUUUUCUACUUAGAGUGGGAUACAGCCAGGUAUUGGUCUAACUGGACUCAGUUUUAGAAGAGUUAGAGAACAUUACACCCAGUUUGCACUAACUACCCAUUUUGUUGCCUGACCUCCUUGCCAUCCUCUACCUAUCCACUCAUAGGUACAGUGAAUGGUUAUUUAUUUCUCUUCUGCACACAUAAUGUGAAGUUUUACCCCUAUUUUUAAAAUUUAGUUUCCCAGAAAUUUAAAGUUCCUGCAGUGGUCUAAUUUAAUGAUUUUAAGUUACAUAUGACAAAACCUCAUUUUUUUUUUCAUUUUUGCAUUUAACAGUGAUGAAUAUUAUUUUUCCAUUGAAACUUUGUUCUAGGGUGAGUACUUAACUGAAGGUGAGUGAGAAGGAAAAGAGUAAGUGAAUAGAACCAUAGCAUUACAGGUACCAAAUCACUUUUCAUAUUUAACUGAUGAAUUUCUAACAGUCAGCUAGGAACAGGAAAGACAAACCAACUCAUUUGUAAUCUGUAAAUCAGAUAUUUGAAUCAGUAACUUAUUUUUUACUAUGCUUAGAAUACUUGAUAAAGGGUGUAAGUAUAGCCUGGAGUCUGUCCUUAACUACUAGUACAUUUUAACUUGUAAAGAAAACAAACUGGCAUGGUUUGUAUUCAAAGAUCUUGCACAAAUUAUAAUGCUAUACUGUGAAACAAAUUUAAAACAUUGCCUCUUUGCAUCACAUACCUCGUUUUUUCUGAAACUUUCCAAAUUGCUUGUCAUAGACCUCUACAAGUAGGGGAUUUUUUCUGAAGCUGAAUUUAAAGUGGACAGCAUUUAUAGAAUUAACAUUUUUAAAUUUAGUCUUAGAAAGCUGGAUAUAUGGUUGCUUAUUGGUCUUGAUAGUGUCUUUCAUCUCUUCACAAACUUUGUCAACCAAUAAUGUUUAUUUUCCUCCCCAGUUUUUCAUUAUCUCCUGUUGUUUUCUUUUUAUUUUCAUGCUGUUUUGGGGCUGUUUCUGUGAGUUUUUUGACACAUUCUUUAGUGUUGCAUUGCUGAGAGGAGGGAAAAAAAUAGCCAACUUUUGCAAGAAGUGUUCCUGUAAUUUAUUUUUGUAAGCUUCAUUGCAUAUCUAAGAUUUCCUGCCACUUUUGGACAAUCUUCUGUAUUUAUUUAGAAGAAUGUAUUACUUGAAAACAUGACAGUCUAUUGAGUUAGCAAUAUAUAUGUGCUGUAUGAUAUAUAGGAGUACAAUAUACUGUGCGUUAAUUCUACAGAUUUAUUCUGUUGAUCUGCACAACAGUUGAUCCUUUUGUUAUAACAAUUUAUAUGGAGGGUAUGAUCUAAGUAUAGUGUGUCAAAGCCAAGGCUUAGGAUUUGCUAUGGGAAUAGAAUAUAUUGUGAAUUUUGUAUGAAGAGCUAUUUGUUUAAAUUACAUAGCUGGGAUAUUUUGCCCCUCUUAAAAUUGUUUCAGAAGAGGUCCUAGAAGAGAAGACUAGUGAUAUGUUUAUGUUUAGAUAUUAAGCUACAUUUGCAUAGUAUAAUGAGAACAGUAAAAGGCACAAUGGGUUUACAGAUUUAAAAUAGAGUUCUAACCUAUGCCAGUCUCACUUUAACUUUGUUUUUACAUUUGAAGAAUGUAUGUAGCACUUUCCUAUAUAUUUUUUUACACAUUGAAAACUGGACUUGGUAUAACUAUGUUAUGGGAAGUUAGGAAUUGUAUUUUUUAUUUUCCAUCUUGUCUGUUAUCCUACAAAGUUGAUGUUUAAGCAUCAUGUUGAUUUCAUUGGUGCAUGAUUCAAAGUGGAUGUGAUCUGCAAGGAAUUGUAUUCCCUAUGUAAAGCAAUUAAAAAUGGCAGUCAGUGUUCAGUGCUCAGGUAUGUAGUAAGUACUGUAGUCCUACAGGGGCAAAUGUGUAGAUAUUUUAAACAUUUUGCCAUAAUUGCACAAUUUUUUGCAUUUUUACCUGAUGUCAUUGUUUCUUAAAAUAAAACCUUUUCUGAUUGAAAUUGA